UCUCGCCUCUCGCGAGACUGGCAGUUACAUUUGAAAACAGGCGGCAGAAACGACUCGAGUUGUCAAUAUAGCAAGAGAGGAAAGAUGACUGGAGAAAGUGAGUUGGCGAUAAAAGAGGCGUUUCAACGCGCUCAGAAAGGACACAACAACAAGGCUAAACUGGUGGCCAGUCUCAAGAACACGUACAACAAGUUAGAGGACAAGACAUUGUUCCACGAGGAGUUUAUCCAGUACCUGAAACAUGCCAUGAUCGUGUACAAGAGAGAACCGGCCGUGGAGAACGUUAUAGAGUUCGUCUCCAAAUUCUCCACCAGCUUCCAUACGCCUUCCGCCGAGGGAGGAGAGGAAGAGGAGGAGGAUGAAGAAGAGGACGAGAACCCCUUCCUCAGUUACAUGUUCAAUUUCCUGUUGGAGUCCCACAAGGCCAACAGCCACGCGGUGAGGUUCCGUGUGUGUCAGCUGAUCAACAAGUUGCUAGGCAACAUGGCGGAGAACGCCCAGAUCGACGAUGACCUGUUUGACGGUAUCCACCAGGCCAUGUUGGUCCGAGUCACGGACAAGUUCCCCAACGUCAGGAUCCAGGCCUCUCUGGCCAUGGCCCGACUACAGGAACCGCAGAACCACCAAUGUCCUACUGUUAAUGCUUAUCUGUUGAUCUUGGAGAAUGAUUCCAACCCUGAGGUUCGUCGAGCCGUUCUGUCCUGCAUCGCCCCCUCCUCUCUCACCCUCCCCAAGAUCCUGAAACGCACCAGGGACGUCAAGGAGAGUGUCCGCAAACUGGCUUACCAGGUCCUGUCAGACAAGGUCCACAUCAGAGCUCUGAGUAUCGCCCAGAGAGUCAGUCUGCUGCAGCAGGGUCUCCACGAUGCCGCAGAAUCGGUGAGGGAGGUGGUGCAGGUCCGUCUCCUCCCAGCCUGGCUGAAUCUUCUCCAGGGUGAUGUGUUGGAGCUGUUACACAAACUGGAUGUAGAGAACUGCUCUCAGACCGCCCUGGACACACUGACCGCUCUAUUCACACACACACCUCAGGACCAGCUGCUCCACCACCGCCUUCAGCUGGACGACAGGAUGCUGGUCCCGGCUGGGUCUCUGUCCUGUGAGAGCGUGUUGUACUGGAGGGCUCUGUGUGAGUUCGUUAAGACUAAAGGGGAUGAAGGAGAGGAGAUGUUGGAGAAGCUGCUGCCCGAGGCUGCUACCUUCGCUGAGUACCUCUACGGAUAUGUGAAGGGCCUGCCAGUGCUGUCUGCCAACCAGAGAAACAUUGCUACUAGGUAUGUGAAGUGUGUCCCGGUGUUGUCUGAAGAGCAGAAAGGAGACUUUGCUCAACUGGAGCUGGUCAUGACUAAAGAGUUCAUCUCUCAACAACUCAUCCACCUCACCGGCUGUCUGGAUACCAAUGAAGAGGGAGGAAGGAAGCGUGUGGUGGCUGUGUUACAGGAGAUGCUGGUCCUACCUCAGACUCCUCCCUCUCUGGUCUCUCUGCUGACGGAGAAACUACUGACCCUGAUACCUGACGACCACAGACGCAUUCAGACUGUGGCGGAGGUGAUCUCGGAGGUGCGUGAGCCCAUCGUCAUCAGACAGCCGCUGGAUGAGAACGAGAACCGCAAGAAACAAGUUAAGUUAGCUGAGGUGAAGCUAGCGGAGGUGAAAGUUGGUAUCCUAGAAGCGAAACAGGCCUUAGAGGAGUGUAUCAGUAACCAGGAGUUCAACAGAGCAGCGGAGCUGAAGGACUCUAUAACUGACCUGGAGAACCUGAGGAACAACAUCCUACAGGAGGAAACCACGCAGCAGGACGACAAGGAGACAGAGACACGCAUGGAGAAGGCGGACCCAGAGACUCUCCUGCGCUGUCUGACCAUGUGUGUUGAGCUGCUGAAACAGAUGAACAUCAAGACUAGGAUCGGUCCCACCAUGUCAGCUCUCCUCUCCUCUCUGAUCCUGCCCAGUAUAUCCAACGCCCAGCCAGCGGUGAGGAACAUGGCAGUCGUGUGUUUGGGGACGUGUGCUCUGCACAGCAAAGACCUGGUCAACACACAUCUGGUGCUGCUGCUGCAGAUCGCCCAGCUAGAUGAGGCUAAGAUCCGUAUCAGCGCUCUGAGGUCAGUCGUCGACCUGCUGCUGCUCUACGGCUUCACACUGCUGUCUGAACGCCCCAGCGCCUCCCCCCAGACCUCCCAUUCGCCAGCCAACCAGGAAGACCAGGAGAAGGGGGAGGAGCCGGAGGAGGGGAGCAGCACCGCCCAGUCCAUCCUGAUGAUGCUGUCCGACUUCCUGGACAGUGAG